AUGACCAACGCAUCACUACCUCAAUUGCAUCACCCGUCGUCCAAAUCUGCUCCAGACUCUCCUACCAGCCUUCAACCACAACCUUCUUUAGACUCUCCAAAUCAUGCCCGCAAGUUGUUCGAUGAAAUGCCUCACAGGAACGUGGUGUCUUGGAGUGGGAUGAUUUCGGGGUACACUCAAGCCGGCGAGGGCGAGGAGGUUUUGGUGCUUUUUAAGCAGGCGUUGCUUGAGGAUGUCGACGUUAAUGAUUUUACAUCGAGCGUUGUGAGGGUUUGUGGCAGUUGGACGCUGCUUGAACUGGGGAGGCAGAUACAUGGGUUGUGUUUCAAGACGAGUUUUGAUUCGUUGAGUUUUGUUGGGAGUUCUUUGGUGGCGCUGCACUCCAAGUGUGGAGUGAUUGGAGGGGCGUAUCAUGUUUUUGAUGAGCGCGUUAGGAAUGUUGGAAUGUGGAAUGCAAUGAUGAUAGCCUGCACGCAGCACAUGCACACGGAGAAGACUUUUGAGCUGUUUAAGCAGAUGGAAAGUAGUGGGGCGAAGCCGAAUUUUAUUACGUUUUUGUGUGUGCUCUAUGCUUGUAGCCAUGCUGGGCUGGUUGAAAAGGGGCGCCAUUACUUUUGGCUCAUGAAAGAGUAUGGGAUUGAGCCUGGUGAAAUGCAUUAUGCAACCUUGGUGGACUUGCUUGGCCGAGCUGUAAAGUUGCAGGAUGCAGUCAAAGUAAUAGAGGGGAUGCCCAUUGAACCCACGUCUAUAUUGGGAGCUCUUUUAACAGGUUGUCGUCUCCAUGGAGACACCGAAUUGGCAGCUUCCGUGGCUGACAAAAUCUUUGAGCUGGGUUCUGUAGGCUCUGGAAUGCAUGUGCUCGCAUCUAAUGCUUAUGCUGCUGCGGGGAGAUUUGAGGAAGCAGCAAAAUCUAGGAUGAUGCUAAGAGACCGAGGGGUGAAAAAGGAGACAGGUUUGAGUUGGGUUGAGGAAGGAAACAAGAUUCACACAUUCGCUUCUGGGGACAGGACUCACAUGAGGACUAAAGAGAUUUAUUGGAAGUUGGAAGAAUUAGGGGAUGAAACGGAGAGGGCAGGUCAUGUUGCAGACACAAGUUUUGUGCUUAGAGAAGUAAAUAAUGAAGGAAAAAACCAGACGAUUAGGUAUCAUAGUGAAAGACUAGCAGUUGCAUUUGGCCUUUUAACCAUUCCUCCAGAUAGGCCAAUCAGGAUAAUGAACUUGCGCAUUUGUGGUGAUUGUCAUUCUGCUAUCAAAUAUAUGUCCUAGUGCUCAGGAAGGGCUAUCAUUGUUAGGGAUAACAAUAGGUUUCAUAGGUUUGAGAAGGGAAAAUGCACUUCUGGAGAUUAUUGGUGAUUAAGUUUGGCAAAUUAAAAAGUCUAGUUGAGAAGUUGAAGAAGCACUAUCCUCUUACUUUGGUUGCAAUGGAUGCAAACAAACCAGCUUUAAACAUAAAGAAUUUAUUUGUCAAAUUAUUUUCCAGGUUUGUGUUUUAAGAAUGUAAGGAUUAUGUAUCUUGUUUGGAUGAUGCAGAUUACCCCGGUUCAUGAUCCUAAAAAAAGAGCGCAAAUUCGGAUCCUUCCUAGAGAUAACGUCCAUUCUAUUACUGGUGAGAUUGAUGUCGUCAGGAAAGCUUUAGAUUCUGUUAGUCAGCAGCUUUUGGAUAAUCUGCCUCGUGCUAGUGCUUCUUCCCUUCUCAACUCCACAGUGCCGUCAUCUCAACCCUCUCCAAGACCAGAAGUAACUCCGCUACCUGAGCGGUCUCAAGGAACACCCUGUAGUGAUCAGGCUCCGGAAGUUGGAGUCUUGGGGAUAACCAUUCUGCUGCUCAUCCACUGGCAUCUGGUAGGGUGAACUCUUCACAGGAAGUCCUAAACUUUCGGUUAUUGUGCUUUCCUUAGCUUUCAAUCG